AUGCGCUUCACCGUCGCUGCGUUCGCUGCUGCAGCCGCUAUCGCUUGCAGCACCUCCGAUGCUGCCCCAGUGUUAGGCGCUCCCUAUCAAACCCCCACGCUCUUAACAAGAGGCGCCCUACACGGUGAUGAAGAAACUCGUUUUCUGCGAGGGUACGAGACUGACGCUGCUGCCAUCAACAACCACAAUGCGGAAGAGAGGGGCGUUGCCGCUCUGUCUACAUUGCAUCCCAAUCCAACACUCAAGAACAAGGAACUUCCGGCUGCUGUCAAAGCCCCAAUCAGGUUCGUCAUGGGUCUCAUCAAACGAAUUUUUGUCGAAGUUCGGAAUCUGCCAAACUUCGCGCCGCGAGUGUAA